AGUAACAAAGCAUUUGUUUUGGGGGAAUAGCUAAUAACUGCUCCUGGCCUGAGAUUUAAAAAAGAUAGAAAGAAAUGCCUACAAAUAUGCAAGGCCUUCCAUUUACCCUGUCUCUACCAUUGCCAAUUUCACUUUCUUGAUUUCAUCUCUAACCUUCCAACAUUUCUUGACGUAGAAGUUACAGAAAGGGGGAUUUGCCGAUUGCCUGGCCAUUUGGGCUGGAACCAGCAUCAUUCUCUUUGGCAUUUUGGGAUGCUUGCUGUUUCCACCUAAAUUUUGCCCUAAUUCAAACAUGUGAUAGGGACAGAUAAUAUUUGAUAAAUCAGACAUUGAGGAGACAUUGGUCCUUGAUUUUCCAUGAAGGCAGUUAUUGUGCCCCUGGACAUUGUUAGUUCACGCAUCAGCAUUAUCAUCUUCUGCUUCUGAAUCUUCAAUGGAGGACACCUUCCAAGUGGAUGCACUUGCAUCAACUGCAGGUGAUACCGUGACCCCAAAACUCAACCACAACAAUGGCACUGGACCUUUGGAGCAAGAAUCAACACAAACAUUAUUAACUUUGGAACCUGGACACGGGAGCCAAAUUGAUGGAAAUUUUGAGGCCCUUUCUGACAACACACAAGGUGAAGCCAAUCUGUCCACUCCACACAAAAGCUUAAGCCGCUCGUCAUCGUCGUCGUCGUCGUCCUCCUCCUCAUCAUCAUGUUCAUCAUCUAAAUCUCAAUCCAAAUCCGAAGGGCUCUUUCAUUUGCAAGCAGAUGCAACCAAUAAGUCCCCCGAGGGCAAUGCUAGCCUCAGUACUGAACUUCCUGAUGACACUGGCCCUGUACUUUUGGUAGCUGAAUCAAACCAGAAGCUUUCAGUUAUGGAAUCUGAAACAGGGAACACAACGAAUGGUGAUUUGGGGGCACCUGCUAGUACAACAAUUGAUGAAGCUGAUCACUCCAGGAAUGAAAAGUCAGAACUCUUAUCAUCACCAUCCUUAUCAUCUGGGUCAAUCCAGAAGCUUUCAGUUUUGGAAUCUGAAACCGGGAAAAUAACAUAUGGUGAUUUGGGAGCAUGUGCAAGUACAACUGGUGAAGCUGAUCACUCUAGGAACGAAAAUUUAGAAUUGUUAUCAUCAUCAUCAUCCUUAUCAUCUGAAACACUGUCUGAAGACUCCUUGGAAAUUAGUGCAAAUGCAACCACUGACUCCCCUGCAGAUGGAAAAUGCUCUCCCAGCCUUGACAAGGACAAUAGAUUAGCUUCAGCUUCUAACAACGGGAAUAUUCCAGACAACCCUGAGGGCAAGCAUGAACAAUCAAGUCAUGAGUUGGCAACGCUGACACCACCAUUGGUAGUUUCUAGCCAUAGUAAUGGACCAAGCACAACUGACGAGUCAGCAACACAAUUUCCUCCUGUGCAGGUGAUGGAGAGACCCGGUGAUUCUACCCCCGUUACAUAUAGGAUUCCAUCUCAUGUUUUUGCUAGAACUAAAUCUACAGCUCCAGUGGAUUGGAGUAUCCAUUCCAAUGAAUCGUUGUUCAGUAUUCACAUGGGGAACAUGAGUUUCACCAAUGAACAACUCUUGUGGUUAAGUAAAUCUGGUGAGCUAGGAAAGCCUGGUGAAGCACCCAUAUCUGGUACGCUCAUUGACUUGUCAAGUAACCAGCCUCCAACAAAUCAAUUAGCUUACAUUGCACAAAAAAAAUCAAGUUUAAAUGAGGGUUCUGGAAGAAAUGAAGCAACAGCCACAGAGACAAAGAGGGGCGAUACAAAGGAAAAUGAAGAAGAUGAGACUAAAGAAAGUCCAUCUCUUGCUAAGAAAGUGUCUCAUUUGUCUAGCCUUUCGACUCAUUCAGAUGGGAGUACCAAAUCUUUCGCUUUUCCAGUAUUGAUAGGGGAUAGAGAAAAAGUUGAUUCUAUAAAGGUACCUGCUGAGAAGCAAAAGCAACAGCCAGAAUCACAGCCGCAAAGCUCCACAGUAAUCUCGAUUAUGGCAGCACAGAAGAGAUGGCUAUCUUGUUUCUCUUGUUGUGCAUUGUGUUCUUUAGGACAUCGGGUCGUUUGAACUUUUUCCCUUGCACAAAAUCUUGUCAGUAAUGACUCUACCAAAGGUAUGUAUAUUUGGUCCAGAUAAACGCUAGAUUCAAUCACCAGAAAAGUCAUGGUAAAAUUGCAGUCCUAUGUAAUGUUUUUGUAGCUUUACAAUUUAUUUCUCCUUGUUGGUUAGUUUACAUGUCUUAUUCUCCAUCAUAAAAGGGGAGUCAUAUACAAUCACUCAUUAGGGUCGUAUGUGAGGACAUUUUGUUUAACUACUAGCAGAAACAAGAGGAGUUAGUGGAAGAUUAGUCAUGGAAUCUCCAGCAAAACAAUAAGGGUUUCAAACUUUUCAGAUUAUAGUGAAAGAAAGCAAUGUGUUCAGGUCUUUACUCUUCUUA